GCAGAAGAAGAGCCUCAAGCAAGUGAAUGCAAAGAUUGCCAUUACAAUGCAAAAUGCAUCAACAGAGAAUGUGUCUGUAAAGCUGGCUACACAGGAGACGGAUUCGACUGUAGACGUAAGCACGAUUUACUUCUGCGAUGAAGUGCUUUUAUCACAUCCCCACACCCCCACAAUAUGUUUUUGAAAUCCUCGUAUUAGGUCACGCUGCAAUCUCUCAUCACGUAUAAAUGGCAACCGUCAAGAAACUGGACUUUUGCUUAUCGGCUCAGAUCAGUUUAAUAAACAGGCUUGCUAUAGAAUAACUGCUUUCUUUAUUCGUAUGACGUUUGCUUUCCUACUUGCUGAUAAAAAAAAUUGGCCACAGGUCUUGUAAAGAGUUUCAAACGAGGUCCUUUCAUUACUCACCAUUUCAAUCCACUAUCUUUUUAAUCAAUCUAUUCGCAGCUGACACCUGCCUACCAGGCUGCAAGCAACAUGGCAAAUGCAUAAAGGGUUUUUGCGUCUGCGAUCAUCACCACUAUUUUAAUGGAUAUGAGUGUGCACGUAAGCUUCUUCUCUGUAUACAUUAUAAAUUGUUUUUUGUUUCACAAAUGUGAACAAGUUUUCAACCUGGGAAGGCUAGAUUUCCAGAUUUAAAAAAUACAUGGCAAAUACAUACUCAGUUGGAUCAUAAUCAACCACGGGACGUUCUCUUCAUAUUAAGCCAGAUUUUGCAAGCGAUAAGUGUUCAUCUGCGCAUCUGUCAUCGAGAAAAAUUGGCAGAACAAUUGAAUCUUUACAAGCUUGUUGCGUCUUUUAGCUCUAAUGUAGAUGGCGUGAUAAACUAAUUGUGACAAAACAUGUUCAGAAUAUAUGCACUAUUCUAUGAGACAUUGAUCAGUACAAAAGCAUCGAUUGCCCCUGCUUUUAUAGUUUGUACCUUCCUCUGAUUUCGUCGUAGCACAUUGUUUUUAGGUUUGCCGUAUACUAUGUUACCCCACAUAGCAUAUGAAUAUUAAGUUCAUUCCUUUUUCACUUUUCUAGCAUACAAGAUAACACACAGAACUUGUCCCAUUCAGUGUGCCACAGAGUGCCGUGCGAGAUGUCCACAAAACUGCUGUAAACAUCAUAGAGUUCUUAAAAUACACUAUAAUGAUGGGAAUCUCCAGCAGAUGACUGUUACACCAAAUGAACUGCUUCACAAAAACGCCUCUUCUCCAAACCCAACAGCAGUCCUUCUUAGGCCGGAAAGCAAAUUGGACGAACACCUAGCAAACUUUGCACCAGAUUUUGAGCAGCGUCCUGAUGACUCAGAGGCUGCUAGUCUAGAAGCAAUCAACUUGAAAAAUCCUACAGGGGGAUUUUCAGUAACAGAAAUGGAAGGGAGACCCCUUCUCCAAAACGAAGAGUGUCCAGACGAAUGUAAAACGGAGUGUCACGACUCUUGCCCAGUAAGAUGUUGUUUAGGAAAAUGCCCUCUCAGUUGCAUGGGGAGGUGUCACCCGUCGUGUCCUAAGAACUGCUGUUAUUCCCCAGGAACUAACCGUAUGCUACCAGUGUUGGAUCCAAAGGUUCAGGAAAACUUCAUGAAAACUAUGAUCGAAAAAUUCUGUCCAAAAGCGUGCAAAGAGAAAUGUAACUCAAAUUGUCCGCCCAUUUGUUGUGAACGUAACUCGUCUGAUUCUGGAGGCAUAAAGAGUACAAACGUUCAUCAAUUAAAAACUGAGGGCAAGCACAGCACCGACUCUUUCAGAAAUGCGAUGAGCUGGUUUGGAAUGAUGAAUUUCUUCAAUAUGAUGUACAACAUGUACGGGGACCUUUACGGCACCAAGCAUUUCACUAAAAUCCCUUUCAAACCGACUGACACGUUAAACCUACUAAAACCUACAAAACCCAAAACUUCGGGCAUCUUAAACCCUUCAAAAGUGAAUGAGGUUGGCGUCCCAGAGAGUGCAGCGAUUUCCGUUCUGUCAUGUCCAAAUUAUUGUAAUAAGAGCUGCCGACAUGAUUGUCCCCCGAAAUGUUGUGAAGGCAAGCCAGAAUUAAAGUCUUUGAAAGCGGUUGGAGUCCCGCUGACUUGUCAAUCAUCGUGCAAGGUGUACUGUUCUAAAAGCUGUCCUUCAAAUUGUUGCUCGAAGAGCAAUCCUCAAAGGAUAUCAGAGCAGCACCCAACCGGGGGAAUUAACGUUGCCAAGUCGGCAUCCGUAUCUCCACCUCUACAUAGUCCGGAACCGGCUCCACCUCCAGCCCCACAUCCUUCUUUACCUAGGCCUCCUGCUGCUUGUACGCCUAUCUGUCCAGCUUACUGCUAUCCUCAAUGUUUGGAAAACUGCUGCCAAAGAGGUGAGGUUACCAAGAAGAAGCCAUCAAAGGAGUUAAAAGCCCAAACUCAAGGCAAGCAAUCAUAUGAUAAUUUCUUUGCUAAGGAACCUAAUGGCCCUAGCCAAGAUUGUCCAGUGGUUUGUCGAAACAACUGUGGUCCUUCAUGCCCUUUACGAUGUUGUCAUCGCCCUCUUUCUUCACCAACAACAUCACGACCAGCAGCGCCCUCUCGGUCAAUCAAUACACCUCUCUGUCCAGGUAGCUGUGCUUCGCAAUGCUUCCCUGCUUGUACAAUCAGCUGCUGCAAAGCUGGGUUUAUAAGGAGCAAUUCAAACCUUAACAUGCCUGUUCUAAGUCCAACAAGAAGAGAACAUCAACCUCCCUCAAGAACUGAGUUAUUUCCGCUUCCACCUCCAGCGGCCGUUUGUCAUCCUGGUUGCUCACGAUCUUGUUAUCCAAAUUGUGACGAAUCGUGCUGCCGAGCAUCGACCCAAGCUUUGAGGGCGCUUCACUCAAAACCGGUCGGUGGUUCUUCCCGGCUGACCAUAAAAGUACCUUGUCCGUCCGACUGCAGACCGUUCAAUUGCCUUUACUAUUGUCAUCAUGAUUGUUGCCUGCCACGAAGCGAAACACCAGAUUUGAAAAGACGUGGUUAUAAAGAUCUACGGAAAAAAUUCGGCGUCGUGAGGAGAGCUAAGACGCCAACUGUAAAACCCAUUUUUAAAGCUUUUGGCAAGCGUAUUGUCAAAAAGAGGACUAAAAUACUUGGGUAAUCACUUCUUUCAUAAAAGUUCUCAAAUGAAUUCGCUUGCCGUCGGAGACCUGAGCUACGGGUUUUGACUAUCUGAUGGAAGCAAUCAAAGAACACUAGACGAAAGAAAUUUUCUAUACCUCGCGUAUUUUAAGAUCUCAGAGAUGAAGAGCAAUGAUGACUUUUGAAUUAAUGCAUCAUAAGGACCGGACCUUGCAAAGUCUGAAUCUACCAUGAACAGACAAGUUACUAAGAGUGAAAUAUAGUCGCCGUGUUUUGAGUUCAUGAGCUAGUUUCUGUGUCGACAGGCUGUUUACAGAGAUAUGCAUUUGAAAAAAAAUUUUGUCCAUCAACAAGAUAACUACGAACCCUAGUAGUAAAAUUAUUCUACUUUCCUUGACUGAUAUAUCUUUGUUGCCCCUAUUUGGUAUAAUAAGGAGCUUUUAGGCUUAGCAGUUAUUUGUUAUAAUUGUAGUCAUCUUAAGGCAACGGUGGACCUACCGAUGACUGUAAGAAUCUGAUUUUUUUACUUGAUCACUGGUGACCAAAUUCUUAUUUUAACCGCAUUCGUAAGAUUAAGAACCAAUAAGCGGCCAGGCCUUCACUAUUACAAGAGGUUGAGCCGAAAUGAUAGUUUAAAAUUCCAAAUUUUGUUGACAAAAAACACCCUUUACUGGGAGUACAUUCGAUUGGAUUAUAAUUGCAAAAUGUUUCCAAGUUUACACGCUAUGCAUGCAUUCCAUAAAUUUAUUUCCCAAAUCGCUCUCUAUAUGUUUCAAAGUAUCUUGGACUGGUCUUUUGGGAGUGUAAACUCAGUAACAUCAUUUGGUCGAAAACAAAUAUUGCAGGAGGUCAUUGAGAUGUAUAAAACAGAUCGCCUUAAAGAAAAAAAUUUAAUCUUCACUCUUAAAUUAACAAAACUGUGUAACAACACGUUGUGCAAGCUAUUAAUAAAAAAAUAACCUUCAAUUUCCUUACUUGUCUCGUAUUUAUUCGUAUGGUUAAAAAUGAUCUAAAAACAUAACCUCGAGUAUUCAGCGCCCGUGCAGAAACGUUUUUGCUUUUAGAAAUUUUUGAAAGGAAAUACGAAGGAAUUAAAUAAAUGAGACCACUAUUAUGAUAAGAAAGUUAACGAGGGGGAGGGGGUUCUGGAUAGGUUUCUUAAUGCUAUAACGCCAAAUUCACCGAACGUUUAGACUCAAAUGAAAAUAAAGUUUUGUUACUUAAGACUCAAGGGAAAGAAAUCAUAGGGUUAAUCCUGCAUUUUCAAAGUACAAAGAAAUUCUAACGGAGAAACCGUGAACAAUUUGGUAACUGUUUGGAUAGCUCUUAAUAACCGAGUUCGAGGGCCGAAUUGUAAUUAUGUCCCAAGAGCGAAGCGCACAGGCCAUAAAUUCGAGCGGAAACUGAAAACGAGGUUUCGGAACUUGCAGUUCAGAUUUUUACUCUCUUUCCUCGUUUGCGUAUUGCUUGCUUCUCUUUCAAAUUUUUUUCAAGAUACAUUUUGGCGAUCGAAACAAACUUUUGAAUUUAGCGCGCCGUACAGCAAACGUCCUAACUUAUUCGUUAAGGUUGAAAGGCGAAAAAGACACACAAGGUGGUCUUUAUGGGGUCGGAAGAUUUUUCCCUUUCAUGAAAAAUGAACGCUAAGUCAGUUUUUUGUCCCAUAUUAGCCUUACACUCGCCCAGCUCAGCUUUGGGUGUGUCAGCAAAGGUGCUUCCGCUUGACUGAGCACAGUCUAAUCAAAUUGCAAGUUACUGAGGUGUGAAAACAGGUUGAAGAGAGGUCAUCCUGUGAACAAAGUAAUCACCUGUUGCCUCAAACAAUUACGUUCUCACGUUUACUACACAGGUAAAGAAAAGAUCAAAUGCAAGUUUUCCCGAAACUACUUCUACUUUUGCGUUAAAGGUCCCCAUGAACUUAAGAUCAAAGUCUCAAAAAUACAGACACAGACGGGGCGCAGGGUUGUUCGUAUGUGAUAACUUACAGUAUCAAGCUAAACGCUAAGUUCAGCGAAGCGAAACAUGCCGUAAAUGACAUUAUAAGGAGAUGGGACAUAAGGGCUGUUCGUAUGCGAUCACUAUAGAAAUCUGAACGCUUUGUUCAGCUAAGCGAUAGAUAUCGUGUAUUCACACCAACUGUUCACACUCCGCCGAGUAUGAAGUAUAUGAAGUAUACAGUUCUUAAAAAACUUAUGAAAAGAUCUUGAAGUGUCACUUGAAAAAAGAGAGGGCAAUUGUGACGGUACCUGACAACUGAAGAGUCAGAUGUGGAUAAACUUUUGCGCUGAUUGGCGACUGAAACUAGGGGUCGCAGUUUCACAAUUGCUAUGCAGUUUAAAAACAGUUAAUUCAAUGUGUGCAAAUAUAUACAUAUAAAUAUAUUUAUAUAAAUAUAUAUAUAUAUAUAUAUAUAUAUAUAUAUGAUUUUUUUUACUUUAAUUUGGCUCAAUACUUCCUAAGGUAGCUGAGCUUUAAGAAUUUCGACACUCAUUGGAACGUUUUGGUUUUCCUGGAUUGCUUUGGAAAUUUCCCAUGGGAAUGUUUCCCCCUGUAAUUCGUGCUAGUGGUUUGUUUUUGCUUGUGGUUUUUGAUACACGAAUCAGUCCAAAUCACGAGACACUUAGAAUUAUCGUCGUCACCUGAAUUUCACGAUUGAAGGCGUUUUGGAUAGUCUAUUGAGCAAUCAAAAUACCCGCAUAAUUAAGUUGACCGUGGAGUUUCUUCUUCAAAGAAAUAACCUUACCUUAAACGUCUUAGGUGACUGUAAAGUAGCUACACACUCAUCAUUUCGUUGAAAAUCUUUCUGUGAUUCUUCCGCUACAUCUUUAUGUGUAAGGAUGAAGGAAAAAAAUUGACGUUUCUUAUGCUAAUGAUGUUUGUCCAUAAUAAAUCUCAAGGUCAUGCUUCUUGGGUAAAAACCAAUUGAAGCGAUCCAAAUUAGCGGACAAAUAUGUAUUUUAGAAUCUAUGAGUUUGCUUGGAGCGAAAAUUAGACCACAAACUCGAUUAAGUCGAAAAUAAAUUCUUAAGGAAAUUUUAUGCAAUGAAAUGUAACGUAAGUGAGGAUUGGGUAACAUUGCAGUAAUCGAAGAACCCCCGUAGUAAUUUGACAAGGGCACCCUAACAAGACUGAAAUGGGUUGACCGAAAGACGACAGGUUGAAACAGGUUAUACGGUGUGAAAGUUUGUCCAAGAUAUAAAAAAUGGUAAACUGCAAACGAUUAUGUCCUUCUGAUCUCUUUUUGGUAUACCAAUAUAGAAACGAAUUUGAAUAGUACGAUUUUUCAAUUGAAAAAGAUCAAUAUGUCGAUUGAGCCAAUCUUUUACGUCAUUCAAGAGGCAUUUGUACCCAGAUGAUGUAACCGAGAACCCGUUUUUAAUUUAUUAUUACCAGCGACACAAUCUCAUCGGAGUGACUAAUGCGAUCGUCCGUUUUUUGGAUUUUCAAGGUUUUCCGACGUACAAUUAUGGGUUAAACUAAGGGAUAAAAUGUGGAUUCGGCUAUGAUCGACGACAAUGUUUCAAGACCUGGUCCGUCUCUUGCUUGUGGUUGUUUUCAUGAUUAUUGUUCAACAAGGCAGCACACGAGAUGUCAAACAAAAACAUGGCCAGUUUUUGAACGCAACGAAAACUCAAAACAUUUCUACAAAUGGAUCUGCACAUCAUAAUAACAAGUUCAAAACGAACGCAACCAUUUCUGGUAAACGUCUCGGUAAAACGAGGAAAAAUCGAGGUAUUUCAUUAGCUACGCUUGCGGGACUCAACCGAGCAGCUCUUGGUAUCAACCCUCUCACGGUGCCAUAUGGAACAAGGCUGGCUUCUUUGGGUUAUCAGCAAACCCCUGCUUUGCAGCAGCUAGUCCCAACCACUGGUGGAUUGAUCCAAAGCCCAGCUGCUGUUAGACUUCCAUACGGAAUUCAACUCGCCAGGCUGUUGCCUGCUUUGAAUCUUUAUCGAAAUAGAUUACAACUGCCAACUAGUACAGGAGGUAUGGCUGCCGACGUGCACGUUUACAAAAAUCCUAAUAGAUUGAAAUACGAUUCGAUUCCUCUUAAACCUUCCAUCGAGCAACAGGAGUUGAUGGGAAAUGGACUGAGUUUACCUGCCCUGCUUCAGCUAAACUCCGCUGGGGUUCAGGGUCUUUCUGACUUGUCAGAUGAAAGUGAAGCUGACUUGGACGAGCUUGGUAUGUCAUAUCUUUUGCUUUGUAUUAUUGCCACGGCACUUUCAAUUUGAUUUGAUUACAUUUCCUCUCUCUAAAAAAUGGGCGAUAACUCAAUAUCUGCUCUCUCGAAAAUAAAGCUCAUUUCCUUAUGGCCUCAGGUGCUUCAAAAAAAAAAUUACAUGCGCGUCACCCUGAAGAAUGUCUCCCGCUAUUUCUCUGAUUGAGUGCAUAACUUUUUGUUCACCGAUUCAAGAGCCCAGUUUACAAUUCCUCAAAUGAAGACUAAGGAGCACCAGUUUUUGGAGAUGUCUGAGAGAUGAUUCUGGAAUUAAUUAUAAUUGUUCUUGGCUCAACUUUUCCUGAAAGGAAUUUUUUUAACAAUGACUUCAAAAUGAUGCCAAUUUCUGGUCGAAUUGGUUUUAUAAUCUCCGUUUCAAUAAUCCUUAUUAAAUGAAAAGUGACCCAAAGUAUUUGAUCCCAAAGACGUUAAUUUCCCUUCCCAAGUAAUCUUCACGGCCCACAAAAAUUUAUUUCAUUUAUUACAAAUACGCUUUCAAACUUUCAAACACGGAGGAAGCGGAGUUUUCAGGGUAAAAAAAGAUCACACCUUGUGAACUUUUCAUUAUAAGUUUUGGAGAUGAUUGAAAUAAAAACAUAGCAAACAUUAGAGAAAAUUAAAAGUCGUCUACCUUUUCUGUAGUCCGAUAAGAACUAAGAGAAAAUAAAGCAGUUAACAAAUUAAUCGAAAUCCGUGUUCGUUACAUUGGGUCUCAGUUGUAGCGAUAUUUUUUAUUAGAAAAGUGUCCCAUACUAUCGCAAUUUGAGAACAAACGAAAACGCUAUUUUUCAAAACAAGUAUUUGUUUGCGUUUUAAUUUUAGAGCAUUGACAAUUAAUUACUACACCAACAACUAAUUAGGGAAUUGGCUCAAUUUAUUGACUUUUCUUCAGUUUUCAGCUGUUUGUUACCAUCCCUUUUAUUGGCGCUGAGCGUCUAUUCGACAAAUUACUUCCAUCUCAUGACGCAUUUUUAAUGGCAUGGUAGACCAGACAUGACAUCGAUUUUUUUUAUCAUUUCCACAUUUUUUCAUUCUUUCCUAUUUUCAUUUAUUUUCUGAGUUCUUUAUGAUUUGUUUAAUAACCAAAGUUGCCCUUGAUCUUAGUUCAAUAUUCGUAUCCACGACAGAUUUUCAUUUCGCUAGAAAUUUGUGUUUUACUUGAAAAUAAAUUGUUAUGACGAAAACGAUAUGCUAAUAAUGAAGGUAUUUUUGUCUAAGAGACACGUUACGUCACCCUUAACACCCUCGUUCAUGCCUUGUUGAAAGCAUGACAUGUUAUCACUACGGCACCAGCAAUCUUGAUCCAAGAAUCUUCUAAGAGUGACAACAGGCUUCUGUUUUAUUUUAGCACUUGCUAAGCACAGUUCGUUGCUAUGUAUACAAAUUUGAACGUGACUUUUCAAGGCACCAAAAUCAAGCAUUAAGGAAUAAAAAUUUAGGGCAAGAUUUUCCCGAAGCCCCAAACCUUAUUAAGUGCACAGUUCUUGGAUAAAGGAAACAGAGGCGAAUAAUAGCGUGCCUUUGGGACUCCAGCUUAGUUUAGAAUAGCAUUGGCUAUAAACAAAUGUUUAAAAAAGUCCAAGGCGGUAUUUGUCGCAAUAUACUACUAUCAGAGGACUCUUCUGAGAAGGUUCAGUUGAGACAGACAAACAAUUUUCUCAAAGUGAUAAAUACCAAAAUUAUCAUUGUUCGACUGCAAUCCGCACCAAAAUUUACUGUAUUUUGGAGCAAAAAGGUGACCGCCAUAACGGUAAAUAAGGAAGCAUUGUGAGCGAGCAAACUGCCGUCAAAUGCAAGGCAAAUAUCUUUCUUUUCUAACAUAAUUUAUUAUUAUAAUGGGAGCGAAUAAUUUUUUGACGAUUCAUUCUAGGAGGUGUUUGUUUGACGAAACCCUGUCACAAUGGCGGAUCAUGUGUUAACAUUGGUGAAACAUUUGAAUGUAUUUGCAGAAAAGGUUUUACUGGAAAAAGGUGUAAAGGUAAGCGCAAAGAGCAAAAGGCAUGCCGUUCUUCCUUUAAGUCGAAGGCCUGAACUAAGCCGACUGAUGUGGCACCUCAGCCAUCUCUCCUCUGUAGAAACCCUGAUGUUUACUCUUUUGGAAGAAAGGCUUGUCUGGUCACUAAUCUCAAACCUACCAUUUGUCUUCGCGGAAAGAAAGCUAGCAAUGUUAUUAACUGAUUAAUCUUUUGUAGAGAACGAAACCUCAAGACUUCGAAUUUAGCUCAAGUUUAACCCUUUGUCAGUAUGCACAACAUCAGUAUGCAUAUUUUUAUACUGUUCUCUAUACAUUUCGUGGAUCAAUAUCAGUAUCUGGGCAACUGCCCACCUACCCCUCCCCUAACCCAACAUUAACCCUAAUUUUUUAUCAAUAGACUGUUGUUGACUGUCGCAGAUACUGAUAUUUAUCCCAUUUCCUAAGAAGCUAACAAGGGGAAUAAGUUAAACAAUCAGACCUCUUUAGUUGCUGAUAAUUUCCCUUAUUCUCGUGACCUUCGAGGAUGAUAUUAUGAAGAGAAAUUUGAAGCUAGUCGCUCUUAGCGGUCAAAAGGUUAAAAUGUUUCGUUCUUCCUUGUUCAUCACUACUUUUUUUUCUAUACUAUUCAUCCAGCAACGAUAUCUUAAUGAUAAAGAAUUUGCAAUAACCAAAUGUUCUCAGGCUCUCUGAACUCUAAUACUGAUCAGCUAUAUCAAUACGUUUUAGCAGUUAUUGUACAAUUUUUUUUUCCUAACAUAAAUUAUUCUACAAUACUUUGCAAUUGUGUUAUCCCAGAAAUAGGGAUUAAUGGAAAAUCAUUAAUUAUGUAGCUUCAAGAAAAUUGAAUUCACAAAAUUAAAACGCAUUUUAAGAUUUCUAACCUCCAGACAUUUCUUAAAGAUCGAAGUGACCCUCAGUCAAAAAUUGGUAUAAUUGCCCGAUAAGAUGCUUUAGGAAAAGUGACAAGUUUUCGUAGGACCUAAGAUUUGUUUUAAAAAGUGAUUGAGGAAUUUCAAGCUCCCUUUUUCAAAAUAACUCUUUAUGAGGGAGUAAGUACAAUAGUUGGCCUAGCUUAGCAGAACAGAUGCUUGACAGCUUUUGCGUGCUGUACUACCGAAUAAUUUCGCCAGUGAAUUAAUUUAUUUCCUAACUUUACCUUUGUAAGCUUACUUGAUAGCAAAUCCUGAUCAAAUUGAAAAUAAGAAUCUACCAUAUUUUUAUGUUUGACAUUUGCUAACCUCUACGGCCAAAAUCCACUUAAUUAAUAAUCCAUAACUUGUUCUGGAACCACAUUUUAAAAUUAAGAGAAUAUAAUUGUGCGCAGUGAGAAAUCAUUACGCUUUGAACAAAGAGUAACCUUUUUUUGUUUCGUAGAAACAACUAAAUUUUUCCAAUAAAACAUAAAUUGGAUUACUGCCUUUAAUAUAAUAUAAACUGAAAAUUGUAAGAAAAUUACAUGGGGUUAUGAGCAUCAGUAAACACUAUGAAUUGGUAGUAAAUGUUCGGUAACAGGAAUAAAUAUAGCUAAGACGAGCGUGAAACAAAGAUUAUGGAUAUAUUUCAAGAUCAUAGAUUCAGGCGGCCUUUAUUUCAAUUGACGUUAUUCAUGUUUAGACUUACACCUUAUUACUUAUGAAAAUUUCACUUGAAAGAAGUCAAAAUUUCACACCUAUCACAGUAAUUGGCACUUUUAUGGUUCAUCGGUUAUGUUUUCCUAAGCGUUCUAAGUGCAAACAUAAAACGGUUUAUCAUCCAUAUCGAACCUUGUGAAACUUGUACAUCAUAGGAAAUAUAUUUCUGAGUUGCUUUUUGAAGGACGCAAUUUCAAUCAAUUUCUUUUAAGGAUAGUCACUCUCGAAGAGUUUUUGGUGAUCACCAGUACGUUUUUCACGGUAAACUAGAAAUUUUAAUAGUUAUACAAGGCAUGGGACGAUAAUUUCACGCUUGAAAAUAACGAUGAAGUUCGAAGAAGCAAGAUCUGAAAGUCAAAACGUGCAGAGGUUUCGUGAUUACAUGGCAAAGCGGAUUGAUCCAAUCCGAUUGCCAAAGAUCACAAACUGUCAGCACUAAGGACACGUCCUGAAUAUCUCCACCUGCAUGUGUCUCCGCCCAGGCGACGACUUUCAAUUAGCAAGGCGUUUACUCACCCGUCUUCGUAAAACAGAAGGGUCGUUCCUAGCUCCUGAUGUAAUGAAAGAAAAUCAGUGAACAUACAUGUGGCAUGGCAAGUGUUUAGAACUCCGUAUCGACAAAUUCUACCAUCCUUAAGGAAAUUACAUGCUUCAAAGGUUUCUAUUAGGUUUUGUCUUGCCCAAGGACAUAUGUAGGAAAAUCAAUGUUUCUCGUAGGCAUUUUUCUGCUUACGGAGGUAGUGUUGGUGUCUGCUCAAUUUUCUUUGGCAUUUUCUUCUCAUGAUGAUUCAGAGCGGAAUCCAUGUUUGCCUAAUCCUUGCCAAAAUGAGGGACAGUGUGCAGUUUCAGGCUCAAGCUUCGACUGUUCUUGUUCUAUUGGCUGGAAAGGGGAAAGAUGUGAAGGUAGGUACGACUUGAGUGCGGUAUUUCUCGAUAAAGAACAUACUUUUAUUUUUCGCCAAAACCAGAAUUUUCGAUAAUGCUAAAUGAACUAGAUUUUUCUCUUCACUGAAUGAAUUUACGCUUAAGUAGAGGAAAUGCCACCGCCUAUUUUGCAUUAAGCACAUUUUUCGUGUCAAAACAAUUUGAAUCGUCCUUGUUGAUUAUGUAGCAUUUAAAGGAUCAGGGACGAUAGCAUAGACAGAACAAGUGCACCAGCUAUUGUUUAUCCUUUUGUUUUUGAUUGUUUAGCGGAUCGGGCGUCGUAAUCAGGUCUUUCCAAUCACCUGGUUUUUGUAAGGGAUUACAGGUGGAGGUUCACAGAUGGAUCACUUGAUCACGGAGGUUAUUCAACGCUAAAUUGUUCAACUCACGAAAGAAGCUAUAGAUAUCAGCGUUCGCUAUUUUCAGGCUCUUUGAAACUUGUACUCACCGGUAGUCGAUAAAAUCCACGUAGAUCACUUAAAGCAACCUUUUUUUAAUUUCCACACAAAUCUUUCUGUAAAAUUCCGUUCAACCUGGCUUAUAUCUCGAGAAUCAGUCCAGUCGGUUUUUGGAAAUAUAGAGCCAAUACAUAGCGUCCAUUGUUAAUAUUUUUUAAGGUUGUCUAAAUCUCCAUUUUAGCGACUGAAAUCUCGGUAAAUAAGGUAAAAGUUUAUCUUUAAGAAUAAGUCCGGUAACCAAGCUUAAACUUACGCGAGGAGUUACAGCUCAAUAAACUGGUAAGACGUUCACCACAUGACCGGAACACACCUUUACACCAAAAACCAAACCAGCUAUGUUACUGGCCCAUACAAAACAUUCCACAAGAUCUACGUUACGAUAAAAUAGUUACUUAAGACGCAAGCUUUGCGAAUGAGCUAAAGAGAAUGCAUUUUUGUUAUUUUUCACAGAGCCCAACAAAUGCCAUCCUAAUCCGUGCAUGAACGGAGGGUCUUGCACAGCGUUACAGUUUGAUUAUGAAUGCACCUGUCCACAUGGAUUUCGUGGGAAAAACUGUGAAGGUAAAAUUGUCUUCGAAUUAUAGUUCAACUGGCGUUCUCCAAAAAAACAUUAACCAAUUCAGAGCCCAGUUGUUCAUAGGGCGCAUAAAUCGCUAUCCAGUGGAUAAGUCUUACCAAACGUAUUACGCUAUCCGGUGGAUAGGCAUUUAUCCGGUGGAUAGCGUUAUCCACCCCUCCGAGAGCUGGGUCACGUUUUUAACAUUUUUCAUUUUCUAAAAUAAUUCCUCUGCAAACGAAAAUUGAAGUAUUUCCUCAAUAAAAAAUAUUAGAUGAUUUUACAUACUUGCUACACUCAUUUGGCGAGAGAGUCUGAUCCGUUUGAUGCCGUCGUUUUAGGGUACUGCAUGAUCUUAGUAAUUGUUCUUUCCUCGAAUUAAGCAUUCUGUUUGACUAUACUGACAAGUAGAGAGAAAAUCUCAAACUUGAAACUUGCUAUCAAUCCUACAAGCUGUAGGAAAAGAAGAUAAACCAGGGCUUUUUGAUAUGUUUUUCUCGGCAUGCCGUUUCUGGUUCGCGUACUGUUGCACAGUUCUAAACUAGUUAGAUUUAUCUCAGGUCGUAGAUGAGUAUUCUUCGAUGCAACGAUCUUCGAAAAUGAUAUACCUUCAAGUGAAGAAAUUUCUAAUAUAGAAAUUUACAUUUUUUUUGUAGAGAAACGGUCCGGUUGUUCUGAAAACCCUUGUCAUAACGAUGGACACUGCAUCGAAACAUCAUCAGGAAACUUUGAGUGUGUUUGUAGGUCGGGCUUUUCGGGAGUGACAUGCGCAGGUACACAUCAAUCUUUUAUUUUUCUCUCUAUGAUCAGGCAGAAGGCAUCCUCUGAAGCUGCUAUUACUCUGUCAUGUCUUCUCUGCAAGUAGAGACUUAAAAGUAUAUGUUACUACGGAAAUUUUUUCUUAACGACUCCAAAUAAGCUGACAAGAAAGUCUUGGAAUAAGGAAACUGAUCAUAUAAACUUUAGGUUUAUGGGGGUAAAAACAAUUAAAUUAACUUUUAAUUUUGAUGGGUAAAUACAAACAAAAUUCCUAUUUUCAGCCCCACUAAUCGUAUUAUACAAAUUUUAAUCAUCAUUUGAGAAUCCAUCACCUUUUUUUUUUUUUUUUUUUUCAAAGCAAAAAGUAACCAUCACAGCACAAGAGCACAUUAUAAACCUAUUGAUUUUUUAGUAGGAUUCCCACUUAAAAGUUUUUUCUCUGGGGGAACGGGGUAGAGGAGGCUUAGUUGAAAGGGAUAGUGAACUUUUCAGAAACUUGAUGCUCUACACAGAAGGACUUAUUAUAGAUGGAGUCUUUUCGGAGCGUCACUUUUGAUGCUUUUUCCGCAUUGUCUUGUUGUUAACACAUGUAUUAUAUCAUUACGUUGCAGUGACUCAGAACAAAUGUUUACAAAACCCAUGCGAAAACGGAGGGACUUGCAUUGAUUCUCUGAGUGGGGUGGGAUAUGAGUGUCGUUGUCCAAACGGAUACAAAGGAGUCAACUGCGCAGGUAAAAGCAAACGUUGCUUUCUCGAAAGCGGAGAACGACCUCUUACUAGGCUACUGGUUGAGCGCUUCUCUCACUUCCGCCCGCAGCCUUCCAAUGUACAGAAAAUUACAUUAUUUGUAGCUUCUAAAUUACUACUGGCUACUGCUUCCUCCGUACAUCAUGUAUUGGAUUCUUAAAAUAUGUAGUCCCUAUCGACCAACCUCUUCCUAAGCAGAGUGCUCUCCUGUCCUAAGCAAUUUUUCCCAUUAAACAAGGAAACAGUUACAAUCGAUAUCCAACUGAAAUUUGUGGAUCUCUAUUUAAAAUUUGCAUUUUUCUUUCCGUUAACAGAAAGAAGUCCAUGCCAACCGGGCACUUGUGAAAACGGUGGAACUUGUUUCGAAACAGAGAGUGGCUUUAGAUGUCUGUGUCGUGCGGGUUAUAGUGGAAAAACGUGUUCAGGUAAUACCUAAGAAGUACGUGUAGCGUAUCGUAGUCGACAGAUCUCCAGAAAAUACUCGUUGGGACUUCUUAAUGCUAAAAGACAGAAUUUUGCUUUUAUAUAAAGAAUUUUACCAAGUUUAUCUGUUAUCAGUCUCAACUUGAGCUAUUUCAGAUCUUGUUGUAUUUUGAUUUAUGUGAUAUGCGCUGCUAGCAAGGGAAAUUUCUCCAGAAGUGAAAAAAAUCAGUUUAAAACCUAGUAGUGAGUAUACACCCAGAUAUCAAUCCUGAUGCGAAAAAUGAAUAAUUUAAACACCAAACGUAUUUUUAAAAAGAGCAGCGAAAUCUAUGAACAUAAUACGAGAGAGACUCGAAAGCCUUUGGCCAAAAAUAUACAAGUAUGUCUGUGUGCAGUGUAUCUGAAGUCAGCAAACGCUUUUGGAACUUGAAUUAUUCACUACACAUGCGUUUCUCUCCUUUUUAACUUAUAUGAUAAACAUUUUGAUCUGUAUAUCCAGUGCGGCAUAGCUGUCAACCAGACGUUUGUAAGAAUGGCGCCAAGUGUAUUGAGCAUGACAGUGGCUUUCGAUGUAUUUGUCCUUCCGGUUACAAAGGCUCUUAUUGCGAUGGUAAGUAACGUGAAAUGAGACAGCAACCUUCAUAUGCUCUCAUUCUUCCCUCGAAAAAGAAAUGUAUGCUGCAAGAUAAUAACAAGUCAUACAAUGUGCAGGAUAUUUCUGCAUAUUAAAACACACGCAACCCACAAUUCCUCCAAUCGCUCCGACGAAGGGCUAUUACUCGGAAAGUCAGCUUUUGAACUCUUUACGGUGGCCAAUUUAUGUUUUCGACUCAGGUGAUGAUACUAAAUUACCCUAUUGUACAAGAUAACUCGCUGAGGAAGUUUAUAUGUUUAAAGAAGCUAGCUCGACCACUUAUUGCCCGGAAAUACCUAGUGGUGUUUUUCACAAAAUACCAGUUUGCUGUAAAUUGAGAUUUUAAAAUUAUCAUUAUUAUCAUUAUCAUAAUUGCAAAUAAUACAGUCAAGUAGACAAUUAAAUCAAAUACCAAAAUACGAGUAUUUGUAACAGGCUAUCAUUUCCCUAAGAUUGCUCUUUGGCUGUACUUUCACGAUAGGAAACAUUUUAGCCUCCUCGAUUUCGAAUUAGAUGCAAAAGAAACUGAUAGCUUUCAUUCAGUUUAAUCUGAUGUUGUCAUUUCUUUUUUGGGAAAGAUAAUUUUUAGGGACAUCCACUUGAGUAUCGGUGAAUACCCAUGAGUUGUUUAAGAAAUCUAACACAUGGUGGGGUAACCUACGGUGGAUUUGCGUCCAAUCCAGGGGGAGUGAAUGCUCUUGGUAGUUUAAUACACAUAAAUUGAGACAUGAUCGGGUAGGCUUGAGUCACUUGCCUUCGGAGACUUCGCGUUAUUUACUUGAUAUUGAAUCACUCAAUAAUACGUUACGUCUUACCGACGGUUUCUUUGCGAUUUAAAAUUCCUAGAAAUAGACCACUGUCGCCCCAAUCCUUGCCAACAUGGCGGAGACUGCGUAGAAACAGAAAACGGUUUUAAAUGUCACUGCCAAGCACAAUAUCAGGGAUUACGUUGCGAAGGUAAGCUGGCGAAAAACUAAGGUAAAAAAUAAUUGAUCGAUCUUUAUUUUAAAUUUCGUUUUAAAAUCAAUUUGGGAAUCUAUUCCCUUGCGAUCAUUUGUCAGCAGAGCCCGAUCUUUUUCAAAUAGUGCACUACAAAAAGUAAGCUGAUAGCUGAUCGUGAUAUUUAUGAAUGUCUCGGCAAAGCACCCUUGUAUUUUAAAAAUGGCGAGUCCCGCAACAUUUCACCAAACAAUUCUUUACAUUUACAAGAACUUUUCCUCUUUAUCUUUAGAACUUAAUAUGUGUAUACCAAACCCCUGCAAGAACGGCGGGCAGUGUUUAGGAUACGAAGGUGGUCACAAAUGUAUUUGUCUUCCUGGUUAUAAAGGAGAAAACUGCGACGGUGAGAUUUUCCUCUUUAUUUGCCUUAUCAACUACAUAAUUUCAGGCAUAAAAAGCUUUCUUGUCAGAUCCUUAAAGAACUUUAAGCCGAGCAAGGCAAACUUAAUAAACAACAAUUUCGAGCAGAGCAACUAUCACAAAUCUAUCCCCAUUUUAUGAAAUGUUUAAUUUUUGGAUAUCUUCAUUACCGCUUACUAAUGUCAAAUAAAUACAUCUUUUUCGAUGGAGGGAUACGAGCGGAUAUUUUGCAAGUGGCGUAGUAUUUGUUCGAGCCCAGCAGGGGUGAGGAAAAACGAGAGCAAAGAGCGAAAAGUAGUUUUUAUGUUUGAAUCAGUAUUUGUCCACAUUUUUACGCCAAACGUAAGCUAUUUUACGGACUUUAAGGAAAUCUUGUUAAGCAGGCCAACGAAAGAAUCAGGCAUUCAUUAAUCCCUGAAUAUUGAGGUAUCUAACACUGUUUUAUGUGUAGAAACUGUACCGCCCAAGAAUCCCGUUUUUUAUUUUUUUUAAUGAUCUACUACUUAGUUUAUAGGAAUUGAGCCUUAAACUCAACUAAAGACUACACUAUCAUUAAUUUAACUGACAAAAUAAUUUGUUUAAAAAAUCCUGAUUUGAACGAAAGCAAAUUCUCAUGCACUUGUUUAUUAGCCUAAAAAUUUACUAUACAUUUCAGUAUAAAAGGAUCUAUAUUAUAUACUUUGAGUAAGCCUACGGGUCAGUUUCGGCAAAUGUACCUUAACAGACUGUCAAAUAACUUCGUCGAUGAAAACCUAGAUCUCACAGAGUGGUAUUACGUAUGUUGCAUUUGCUGGUACCAGGGAAUAUUUAGAUCACAACUGCAGGUAUCGCCUGAGACUGAUAAAAAAAGAAACUCUGAUUCUCCUCUUCUCUCUCCCAAAACUCAUUUUAAUCGUCGUUUCACCAUUCGUGUGAACUUCCCAGAAAAAAAUUUAACCAUUAAUAAACAAGUUCCACAUCUUUUUUUUCUUCACUGAAAGUAUUUUUGUUAACAUUAAAAAAUUCAUGUCUUCUACUGGUGGGCUUUAUGGGUCAGAUUUUUUCUUGUCUCCUGAUUCAUGAGGCUACAAAUACCAACAUUCACUUCGUGCCCUAAAACAAAACGGAAAUUAAGCGAAGAGUCUUGAUCGCGCCGUUUAGAUACGCGAAGAAUCUGUUAAAGAAGUCAAAGGACAAAGUGAUAUAAGGUGCGAUGAAAUGACUUCGUGGGAUAAAACUGGGCUCUUAAAUGGUUGCCACAAACUAAGGUCAAGGUUGGGUGUGAAACUCUGAUGAAUAAGCAGAGCAAUAUCAGCAUUUGAUGGCAUUUUGCGGCCACUAAGAAUUUAAACUAUAUUGGAAGUGCCUCUCCUAAAGUGAAAUGGCAGAGAUGAGCAAGUCGACCUUAGUUACAAGUGCAUGUUUUCCAAAUGAACAAGCGUGACUGUUUUGUCUAGCUGGGGUGGUAAAUGGCAUUUUUUUCUCAGGCCACAUAUGAUAGUGCGAUGUCCUUCUUCACUCUCAGCAAUUCAAAAUUUGACUUGAUUUCAUAGCGACAAACGAGACCAAAUAUUAAUUUAUUGCUCGCGAUAAUAACUUAAUGAUAAAGAAUUCAGGUCGUCUUUCAUAAAAGCCGUAUUCGCAUCGCCAAUUUUUCCAUGGCACGUAAACUGUGAAUCACACAUUAUCACUGACACUUAUCAAAGAGAACUUGAGGGAUUCCGAUGUUCUUUGACCCUACAAAGUAUUCUUCACUAUCAUUGAAAAGGACAUUCCACGUCAAGUCACCAAAUUCCGUCCGUGACAGUUAUUUUAAUGCCAAGUCUUCAUGUUCAAAAACUAAAUGAAACUGCAUUGCAAAACUUGCUGAUGUACAUGCAACAUAGACAAUUACCGUAUUUGGAGGAACUGCUCAAGUGACAAAUGAAACGGAUUCUAACCAGAGAGUGACUUUCUUCUUUCAGAAAAGAACCCGUGCGAACCCAACCCCUGCCACAAUGGAGGAGCGUGUACAAAACAAGGAGAACACUACACGUGCUCUUGUAGACGGGGAUACACAGGCGAACAGUGUAAAAGUAAGCUCAGCUUUGCAUCUGGAAUAAAAAAUAAAUCCACCAUUCAUUUAUGCUAAAACGAAACUAUUUUUGAAGUAAUACUAACGAAAUAACAUCCAUCUCAUUAGCUAUAAACAACAAGAAGGCCAAAAAUGUCUUUUUUUUUUGUAAAAUGGCUUUGUCGAGAAAUUUCCAUAAAACGAUGCACAUAUAUAUCUUGCCCUCAUAAUGCUAGAAAAAGUCACUCUGUGUGUAAUAAAUACAAACUACUUUGCUUGAGAUGUCGCAUAAAAAAACUAACUAAUAAACAGACGAAUAGAGUAGCAACUAAAAUAGAUACAUAAAAACAAACAAACAAACAAAAAAUAACCAUCCAAAUGCUGCUCUAUUUCCACCUUUCAUAACUUUCGAGGAUGCUUUUCAAGGCAGUAUGUUAUAAUCUAAACCUAACCAUUUUUCUUUUUUUUUUACACCUUCAGCCGUUGACAGCUGUUUGUCCAAUCCCUGUCAACAUGGCGGUAGCUGUAAGGCGGAGGAAGGAGGCUUUGUCUGUUCCUGUCCUGUCAGCCACAGGGGGACAUUUUGCAACGGUUGGUACUCGUAACGCACCAUAUACUUUUUUAUUUUAAGCCGUAUGGAGGUAUUUUCAUAGAAUAUUUGAAGAGCAGAUCGAUCAUAUUAGAGUUGAUCAUCCCUCCAUAUAAAAUCAAGCCCUCUUUUGACAAUUUUCUUUCUUUUCAAAACAGAGAGGGAACCAUGUCAUCCAAACCCAUGCCACAACGGAGGAAGAUGUUUGUCAACAUCUGAAGGGUUCGUUUGCAGAUGUGCGACAGGAUACAGAGGAGAGACAUGCACAGGUCAGUUGUUAUGGGUGUGUAAUAAGCAAGUUAUUAUACAGUCUUCUAUUCAUCCGCUUUCUCUAACUCUCAAAGGAAAAUAGAAAUUGUAUACACACCGAAAAAAGCAAUCAACUCGAAAUUAACGAUUGCAGUCCAUUUUUGGAUAAAAACAAACUUACUUUCGGGGAGAUUUGCGAAAAAUAUUCCGAGCUACGCCUGGUAUGCCACACACAAAAAAUACUGUUCAGGUGUGGUUCCUAAUUUAGCUGUUCUAUGCUUCCAAACAAAAGUUAAACAAUACAUCACUGGAAACUUGGAAAACGGAAAGAAGAAUUCAGUCCAAAAACAAAUGUUCGUGAAAGUAACUUACUGAACUCCUUGACACACCCAAGACAUCUCACCAUGUCACGCUACCUCCCUGACGUGCCAGUCCUCCAUACCACCUCCCCCCUUGUGCCCUGACAACCGGUUUCUGAUCAGUGCUCCAGCGGCACUCGAAGAUAUAGUGUUUCAACUGUCUUGUUUCGAUCCUCAGAGGAAGAUGAAUGUCAGCCAAAUCCAUGUCAAAACGGCGGAAGAUGCAUGGCACAUUACUUUGGUGGUGGUUUCGAUUGUGAAUGUCCCAUGGGAUUCAGAGGGACCACUUGUCAAGGUCAGCUUAAUUUCAGUUUGCCAAAUUUUAAUUGCAUCAACGGAUAGAGGAAUGAAUGGACUGCCCUUCUCCCAGUAGGAAACAAUUUUGUGCCAAGCAUUGCCAGAUGACAAGGGUUGUGAAUAAGAGUAUGUUUAGUGAGUAAUUUGGCAAGGGUCAGGCUCAAAAUUACUAGCUCACCCCUGAAAUUGAGGGCCUUGUCUCUCAGAUGGGACAGACUUUGUUUCUGUGACUCAAAUUGUUCAACAAAAAAAAAAGGAAACCUUUGCUGAUAAGCCAAAAGCCCUUGUUUCGUAUCGGGCAAUAGGAUUUUUAUCCAUAUCACAGCUAUUUUGAAUUCAUCUUUUAUGUCAAAUUGGAAUUUAAACUUCUCUUUCAUGAAAAUUUAGACAAAGAUCCUUGCAGACCUAAUCCGUGUGGUCAUGGCGGGUUUUGUACAGAAAUCGGCGGAGGUUUUGCCUGCAAUUGUACUCUGGGGUUCAAAGGACCCACUUGCCAAGGUAAGAAAAUGGCUGAUUAGUUCGUACUAAGAAAGUAUUUUUAGUAAUGUAUGUUUCAGAGCGAUUUGGGUCAAGUCUGGUAAAUUGAAGAGUAGUAAAGAAAAAAAUUGGGAGAAAUUAAGUCACCAAGUCCCCAUGAGCUUCAGUUUUUUACAUUUGAUUGGUUAAGAGGUUGGUCUAUAAUUUCCCUUACGGUUUUUUCAACUUUUGAGAAUCUUCCUCAAGGAAAAACUAGUUCCAAAUUACUGCAUCUCUGAAAGAAACUAAUUCUUUGGCUCUAGAUAUCGAUAAGUGUCAUCCAAAUCCAUGCGGACAUGGUGGUGUUUGCCGGGAAGUUGUAGGAGGGCCCGGGUUUGCUUGUCAGUGCAUCUCUGGAUAUAAAGGCAUGCAGUGUGACGGUGAGUGUUCCUUUGCAAGCAAUACUUUCGCUAAAAUGAGAUGAAUUUUAGACAUUCAUCGUAAGUAUGGCUCGUGGUAAAUCGCUUUGACGAGGAUGAGCGGUGGAUUGCUUCUUGGGGCCUAGGGAAAUGAUCAACGCCGAGGUGAAGAAAGAGGUUUUCAGCGCGCAGACGACUCCCUCUUUGUCUACGAUCAUUUACACCUAAUAAUUUGUAACUCAUACGCUUGUAAAGGAAAAGGUUUCCGGAAAAUCUUGCAAAGGCCCUUGAAAAAUAAUAGGAAAUCUUAGAAAAUGAUGGGAAAGUCAAAAUAAUCAGGGGAAGUUAAAUAAAUUGAAUUACAUUAAAUAUAUUUGUAAAGAUAUUGAAAAUAUCAGGAUAGACAUUUGUUCUUUCAUUUGGGGGAUGACAGAGAUCAGGAUUCCCUGGCUUUGAUAUGAAAUGUGAAAUAGAAGCGGAACAGUUAUUGUGCAUUUCUGUUCCACAGAAAAAGACAGAUGUCACCCUAAUCCUUGCCUGCAUGAUGGCAUGUGUAUGGAGAUCAACGACGAACUGGGUUUUUUAUGCAAUUGUACAGCGGGAUAUCGUGGCACGCACUGUCAAGGUAGGCCACGUCAAUAUCCAUGAAUCCAUGGUAACUCCUGAUUGGCAGCACACCAACGUUAUGUUAGUUCACUCUGUUUAAAUUGUUGUUGUUGUUAUCCCCAGCGGAUGUUGUUCAUUUGUUAUUGAUAGCUGUAACUGUCAGCCAUUUUGCAAAAGCUAAUAUAUCGUCUAAAGGUGUUUCUUGUGAUAUGCUAGUCUUAGGGAGCUAGGCAAGUCUUAACAUCCAAACGCCCACAAUCUUUACUUUAAUUAUAAUAAGUUUGCACACUUGCAUCUUAAUUAAUACCUGAUGACGAUAUCUUCAGCUCUAAAAAAAGAUGGCUGACAACCACCGAAACAGGUAAGUGUAGGAGAGAAACUUUCAGCUAGGUUUGGAGUAAUUUUCUAUUAAUGCUCAAAUCUAUCCUGAUGAAGUUCUUCAUUGAUAUGGUUAGAAUUUGAAUCCAUUACUUUUUGCAGAUUUGGAUCCCUGCCGUCCUAAUCCAUGUUUGAACUCCGGUGCCUGUCUUCACACGGAUGAUGGUUUUGUCUGCAAUUGUUCAAGAGGAUACAAAGGAAGACACUGCCAAGGUAUCAGUUUCUUACUAUCUUUCCACCUAGUUCUGAUUGGCUACUAUUAUGGAACUGACAGUUCUAACUGGCAUACCUGGGAAUAGGAGUUUUUUUGAAAAAAAGAUGCGGGACAUGAGUCAUACUUAAAAACCGUGGCCAUAAGAUUAUGGAUUGAUUCCAGUAAGUAACAUCGAAUCAAUCAUUUUCAGAACGAGAUCUCUGCAAACCCAAUCCUUGCCAAUUUGGCAACAAAUGUCACCAAACAGGAGUGGACAGUUAUCAGUGCGUGAAGAACCUUUGCAACCCCAGUCCUUGUAUGCAUGAUGGACGGUGCAUUGAGGUCAAUGAUGAAGAUUACCUGUGUGCGUGUAAGCAAGGCUAUAGAGGAAAGAAUUGUCAUGGUAAGUUCUGAAAGGAAAAGUUGCAAUUCACAGCGAAACGUUAGGCUUUCAAGUUUGAUGAAGUUUAUAGAUGUUUCUCCGUGAAAGAACAGUCAGCUUAAACCCUUUAACCCCUAAGAGUUACUGGCUUAUAAUUCUUCUUUAUAUCAUCGUCUUUGAAUCAAAAGUAAAGUUCAUGAGAAUUAAGGAAAAAGCUCCUGGUUGUCAAACAAAUUCCCCUUGUCCUUACAAAAGAGGAUUUAAAGAGAACAUUGCGGAGAUUAUGAAAACCAAUCUUUGGAUAUAGAGGGUUAAAGAACACUAGGAAGCCUUUACAAACAAUUUGACAAAGAACUGACCACUGACACACUUCUACUGACUUGCCGCUCCGUCCUAAAUAUGACAGCAGAUUCAAGCCUGCAUUGCUUCCUAUCUUUAAGAAAAAAUAAAUCUCACUAAUACCCUCGACAUGUUACCAAGACACUCCUUAGCUACUAAUAUCACAGCGAUAUAAUUUUUGCCACCACAAAUUUCGCACACCUAAAAGAUGGAAGUAACUUAAAAAUUCUAGAUUAUCUCUAAUUAAUUGAUUCUUGGAAUAUUACCGAGGGUUUUGGCAAAAAAGCCUCCGAUGACAAAAUGUUUAAAACAUCUUAUAAAAAUAGGUAACUAACCAGAGAAUAAACAGACGAUGUGAUUUUACGCCUAUCCCAUUAUUUGAAUUUCAAAGUACUUUAUACCUGUUUGGUUUUGUAUAAGAAGACUUAGGUUCUCUUUUAUGCCCCGUAGCCCUAUCUACAUAAGUUAUCCUGUCUGGGUUAAAGAUGAAAUGUAACUAAUGUACCAAAUAAUAACAUAAUAGCCAAAUUAUAAUUAGGAAUAACAGAAGGAAUGUUUACUAACACAACGUUAACUUUGUAUUACAAAGAGCUAGACUUAUGUUACCCAAACCCCUGCAUGAAUGGUGGAACAUGUUCCAGGACAGACUUUGGCGGUUUUAAGUGCGCUUGCACACCAGGAUAUAAUGGGCCGAACUGUACAGGUGACUAACAACGACAUAAACUUCUGUAACAAGUGGUAGACCAGAAAUGAGUGAUAAACUGCAGCUUAUAUAGAUUGAUCUCACUCAGCUUCGCUAGAAGAUAUAUGAAGGCCUGCAAAAACGGGUUUUAUGUUUAGAAGGCGUAUUGACUUCCAUAGCCACAUGAUAUUCCAAGUAAGCUGAGCACAAGCCUCUGAAUUGCUAGGAGAUACUUGAGAUACAAGAGAUACUUAAUUAUUAGACCUCCGUCGUGACUACAACGGAAAACAUCACAUCUAUUCCGCAUCUUCAAAACUGCGCUAAUUCACAACAGAAGAUCCUAUGGUAUCCUUAAGCAGACGUUUUUUUAGCCUUUUUGAUAGACGUGGAGCUGUUAUGGCUAACAAAAAGCAUAUAAUCCGAACAUAUUUUAGAUUUGCAGUUGAGGGAAGGAUGUUCACAAUCGGGGUGGGAUAGUGAAAGAAAUACCCGGGUAAAUAGCUUACUCUCCCGUCAGUCCUUCUAUACAUCGCUUGUUACUAUGUGACAAACUUCGACAGCUGUUCCCUGUGUCUUAAUCCUGAGAGACGGAAUUUGAAGCAUUUCUUUCGAUCUAUAAUUUCCUUUACAUGACUUGAAAAUUUCAAGUACAGCAUUACAAUGAAUUUCGGUAUAAAAACUUCAAAAUUAAAUUUGUAAUUUAUUUUUCGUUCCAUUAUUCCUAGUGUUUGAAAACCAAGUAAACGCAGAUGGCAGACACAAAGUUCCCAUUUUUCACUCAACGUCGCUUACAAACAACUUGAAAGUUACAUCUCCAACACAAGCUGUCUCAAGUCUGGAUGUGCAAGGAAAUAGGAAAACAAGCGCAUGUGAGUACCCGUUAUGACCUCAGCUAAUGAAAGUAUUAUUUAAUUUGAUAUUCAAGUAUACCUUAGUUAUUCUCAGAUGCAUACCGUUAACAUUCUCCUACACCAGGAGCGAAGAAAAAAUUCAGACUUAUGGACUGAGUAUGCAAUAAAUACCUUGUUACAUAGUAGUACUACAAGUCACAUUGCUUUUUAGUGGCACGUUUGGGACAAACGUAUCUUCUGGUGAUUCCUCUUGAGGGGCUUGUAACUAAUCUAAAUAGCUGUAUUUUUCGGCUACGAUCUCAAUAUAUGUAUUCUUUGUCUCACUUUGUAGUGGUUUGCAGUCCAAACCCAUGUCAGAAUGGAGGAACUUGUGCCAGGAAAGGAGAUUCAUUUGGUUGCUCGUGUCCAAAGGGUUUUAAAGGUCGCCGUUGCCAGAUAAGUAAGUUGUAAUCCUCCAUUCGGAUUAUGCCAUCUCCAUUGUGCUAAAUAUCGAGACCUCAUGUCCAAUUAAUUUCGGUUUUUCAUUUCUGAACUUUAAAUGAAAAAAAGAUCAAGACCGAUUAGUCAAAAUUUACAGACACCAACCAACAGAAAUGUUUUCAUGGAGUUCGUUACGAUUACUAAAAAAAUUAUAAAACGGAGCUCGCUCAUUCAUGUCAUUUUGUGUUAGAAGCGUAGUGAAGAUACUCUGAGGUGUUGGAUGGUAGUAAGUAUGUCCAUGCAACCUUUUUAUAUCUAGUGGAAAAUUAAUGAUUUUUUUUUCACUUGUACCCGCCAUAUUUUUCCGCGCUCGCUUACAGAGAACUCUUGCCUCCCAAAUCCAUGCAAUAAUGGUGGUACGUGUCUUUUGGGAGAGGAAGGCAACUUCGUUUGCCGCUGUCCUGCAAGGUUUACAGGCGCGUUGUGUGAAGGCAAGUCCCACUUGAAGAAAAAAAUUUAAAACCGCGUUGAAAGAACAAUCGAGAUAAUUGCCGGUCUAUAACAUCUGAUUUAUCACCCAUAAACAAAAAAGUAACUAACUGCAAGAGCGUUUAAAGUUUGCCACACGACGGAUACUUAUAUAACAAAGCAUAUAGUCAGUAAAUAUUAACCCCUUCUGUAGUGUGCAUUACGGUAAGCUCCAACGCAAAUCACUAAAAAGCCUUGAGCUUCAUCCGCAGCGGUAAUAUCGUACUAUCCAUGAGCAAUAUCUUUUAUACCAAGAAAAAUCAUCAUUUGCCGUCUACACGUGCUUGCGUGCGUCUGUUUAAUUUGCAGAUCAAAGAGGCGAGGCAAACUACUAAAAAUGUUUAAGUUCAAUCCCCUUCUGUAUGGUCCCUAUGCCCCCUCUCCCCCUCUUCCUCUUCCUCCCUCUCCCCCCCAUUUCCCUCUACCCCAUUCCACCCCCACCCCUUUUCCCUCUCCCCCUCCCCCUCCCCCACCCCCAUUUAUCACUUAAAAUAGUUCAUUUCCAAGAUCGUAUUACUUGACGGGAAGCAAAGCAGACUCAGCACAACACAGUCAGCUCGUUAGAUGGCCAAAUGAUUAUAUAACAAGGGUUAAUCACACUGCUGAAAUCUUAGAUAGAUCAUUUCUCUCGUCAUAACACUCAUCAUCAUUUAAUCAAGUUCACCUUACACCAGUAUUAACCAUGAAAAGCCAAUGAGUUGUCAGCUCUAAGAUAAAUGUGUAGAAUUGCUUCAACAUGUGUAAAAGGCAUAAAGAGUAAUGGAUAGAAAGAAGUCUUCAAAGUAAUAAAGUAAAUGCCAGUGAAGAGCCAGCAAAAGGAAUAAAGAAGAUUAACAUUUUGACAGUAGAUCAAUGAUAAAAUUCAAUGGACUUCACUCCUUUUCACAAAAAUUAUUUUCGUUAAAAAUCUAGCAAGAAGAUGUUCUAAUUGUAGUAAUCAAAAUGUGCUUAAAAAUACAAAAAAAUACCUUGAUAUUUCGUCUUCACCAUCGCGAAAUUGAAACGUAAACAGCCCCAGACAUUUCCAAAUGAACGAUACAACUUAUGCAAGCAUCUAACCAGACCUUGGUAUUGCAGAAGCAUCAAAGGCGCAAAGACUUCUUCUGAAGCCUCAUAGUAAGUCGACCAAGUGCAUUUUUCAACUCGCUUAGUUUCUGUUCGCAGUGAGGUUAUUAAAGUGUGUAGCAUGGGCGUGAUGUGAUAGGUUCUCUUGGUAUAGCGAUUGGAAGACGACUGUAAGAGAAGCAAAUAAGUACGACUGGCAACUUAUGGCUCACAGGAAUCAUAGACGUGUUCAUCCAUUUAUGAUCAUAUUCACAUUGUCUCACGUUUGCACAUUUUACUAACUCAACAAUACUCAAAUCAGACUUUAGAAAGACCAUUUACUUCCUCCUGGGUUGGUCUUUUCGGAGAGACUUAGUCUUUCCAAAAUAUUGAACCAUUAAAAAUGAUAAACAUUUCUAACAAAAUAUAAUAUCAUAUAUAAAGACGGAAACAGUGAAAGAACAUUGCUGACCCCGUUUUGCAAUCUACAUAACCAAAGUUUUAAUCCCACUCAAAGUCGACGAUUGCAAUACCUAACAUCAGUUGCCGUAACAAGACGACAUUAGUAAAGAGAUAAAACUGAGCCAGUACUUAAAUACAAAUUAACAAAGUUUCAAUCCCACUCAUAGUUGACUACUGCACUCCCAACCCGUGCAAAAACAAAGGCAUUUGUGUCGUGGAGGAAGGAAAAGGAUAUAGUUGCUCGUGUGAGCCGGGAUUCACCGGUUUCCACUGUCAAGGUAAUUGGCUUCAUGUUCAAGUUCAUGGUUAACCGAAGUGGGCUUCGUUGCAAAGCGUUUUUUUUGUGAUUAUUAUUCUUAAAAUAUCUUUUUAAUUUUUGUGUUACGGAUCACAUAUAUUUCCCGACUUCUUUGCUCGGACACAGCAUGCUGUAAGUCAUAAAUAAGGUUUUGUUAGCUAACUCCCGAGAAAAAAAUAGACGCUAUUGGACCUGACGAGGAAAGACUCUCUGAGAACCAAUCUUUGAAAAGUUGGCAUAACUACGCAAUAAGCUGGCCAGAUGGAACCGAGUUUGUCAGACGGCCAAUGAAUCUCUAACGGAGAUGUAUAUGGUGAAUACAACUAAUCAUAUCAGAUUUCUUAAGAACUAAUAAGUAUGUUUCGAUCUCUCCAGUGGACCACUGUAACCCCAAUCCGUGCAAGAACCAAGGGCUAUGUGCACGGGACAAAGCCAGUCAUUACAAGUGCAACUGCCAUAAUGGCUUUUUGGGGCGCAACUGUGAAGGUAAGUGGCGUAAAUUAUUGAUUGUUUUCCCUAAAUGACUGUGAAAACAAAGUAGGCCUGACACACUAAAGGAGGGUGGGGAGGGGGCUUAAGUCUGGCAAAAUAUUGAAAAGGUAAUCGGAUAAAAUAUAUUAAAGAUGAUAUCUUCACUGUGUCUGUGACAAAUCUGAGCAUAUCACACAUUAUGCUUUACAUAUGGAUUGCACAUCUGCGGUAUCAUUAACAUAUAUCAUGAUAUAAUUAACAUUUCACUUAAUUUGUUGAAGGAAAGAACUUUUUGUAAAUGAUAUAUAAAAGAAAUUCUUCAAAAAACUGUGGUUGAUACAAGAAUCACGAUACCACUUUUAGAGGCAAUUCAAAUUUUGAAGUUUAAAGAUAUGUUUGUUAAGUCAAAUACGAGAACUGUAUAAUGUUAUUUUGACUUAUCCUGUUUCUUCAGUAAAUUCUUGCCUCCCCAACCCUUGCAAAAAUGACGGAUUAUGUGUCACUGUUCGUGGAAAGGGUUACCAAUGCAAGUGUCGAGAUGGAUUCAACGGACCGCACUGUGAGAGUAAGUUCCUUGCUCUUUUCACCAUCUUAAAAGGUUUGAGAGCUGUCACAUAAUGUUUUUGGUUCUAGAUUAAUUUUUACGAGCGAAAAAAACACAGAAAAUGAAAAAGAAUCUGGUAGCAGUAGUUUUAAUGCUGAGUACGAGGGUGUAGGUCAAGCUGUGAUUUAUUAAACCAUCAUAAACUCCGAGCUUUCCAUAUUUUAGGCAAUCCAUGUUAUCCAAACCCUUGUAAUAACGGUGGCAGUUGCCUGGUCUUUUACACUGUGUACCUUUGUAAAUGUCCAACGGCUUACAGAGGAACACGAUGCAAUAGUAAGUGCUGAAUUCAUCACCUUGUCGUCACAUAUAUUGUAUACAACUGUUGCAUGGGGCAUGAAAAGAGACUACAUUAGCUUGGGUAAAUUAACAAAAUGGCUUUUACAUAUCUCUGUUUUCCGAUAAAUGUAUGAAAUUAAGUGUUGAUCGAGUGUUGACUUUCAGUGUUGAUAUAUGCAUCAGUCAAUGGUUACUCUGAACCUUCAUUUAGUGCAUUUUUUUCAUGUAUGUAUAUAAAUUUCAAUAUUUCGGCGUGCCAAAUACUAGAUCAGAAUAUGCCUAUGCUCGAACGUCAGUCAUAGAGCUGUUGUCUUCGGUGCACAUUUUUAACUUAUCGCGCCUCUUCCGAAUCUUAAGUCAAUAACUAACGAUGGAUUACUACCACUGGCAUCCAGAGGAAGUGACAAUACUCUUAGUACCUUUAUAUUAGAGUAAUCGAGAUAAGCUCAGGACGCUAUUCGAGUAAAUUCCUUUUGAAGCCUCCAAUUUCAAAAUGCCUUUAUGAUCUUGGAGGAAUAAUUGACGGUAUCCAUCUUUAUUUUCCUAUAGUUCUCAUUCCACAAAAAGCUUUGGCCUCUCCACCACCUCCCGUACCUUCAGCAAAUUUCAUGACGGCGAUAUCCCCUGUGCGUAAGACAACGCAACACUUCAAAGGUGAGAAUUGCUAUCUGUGGGGGAUGGUGCACCAUGAAAUCUGUAGGAACAAAUGACUCAAGUGACAAUUAUUCAUACCCAUUAAGUGGGAGACACUUUUCUCUUUAAUAUCUUCCUUCUAACGACUUAAAUCGUUUCUGUGCAUAACGGCGUAGCAAUUUACAAUAAGAAAUAGAGUAACUUAGUGAUCUUUAACGGUACUUAGUGCAAGUGGUUUGAAAACAUUGUCACUUCACCUCUGUUUUAACAUGUACCUUAAAAUAGCACCUAAUAAUAAAAUAAAACAAUUUCGGUAUUCGAGAAUUGAGAAUUCACUGCACCAAUUAUAAUGCAAAAAGAGGUACGUAGGUCCAAAACGCAACACAUUACGAUCAUUUUCAGCGUCUGGGUAAUUGCGCACCAACUCCUUCCCAUACCCAACAAUAGCCACGUGAAAACAAGUCAGGGUUAAUGUUGGGUUAGGAGAGGGGUAGGUCUGUAGUUGCUUUGACACCUACAUUGAGCUAAACACUGAAGACAGAAGAUCCUUUACGACUGACGAUAACGUAUUACUAGUGAGAAAAUACAGUAAUUUCAAAAGAUAAUGACAACGUACCCAGCUGUGACAAACAGUGACAUGACAUUUCUAUUUAACAAAUAUUAGUCAACGCUUGCUCUGCAAAUCCUUGCCGCAACUCUGCUGUGUGCCUCGAGACGAUUGACGAUAACUUCGAGUGCUUUUGCCGAGGUGACUUUUCCGGACCAAGAUGCGAAGGUUUGACUGACUGUUGACUGAACGUACUUCACUUUUACACAGCAAAUAAGAUGACAAAUAAAUCUCUCAUAAUUUAUGUGAUUGACGAGGGUUGAGGAGUGUUAGACCCCAAGUUAUGUCCCUCUCCCAUUGAAUACAAAGAAGUUUACUCAACGUAACGAGAGUUACGUAUCUACACGAGAACGUAAAUUCUGUUACUACUAACAUCCUGCCUCAACUCCUAACUCCAAGAUGAGAUUAACGUGUAAAUUCUCCUUAUAUUAUUCAUACAUUAUCCAGCAAACAGGUAAUGAGAAUAAUAGUCAAACUUAUCAGGCGUAGGUUGCUAUCUUGAUCUAACAUCAAAUUCUCAUAACCAGUGAGAGAGAAUUGCAUGGCAGGUAAAGGCAGGAAUUAACAAUCAGAUCUCGUAAGUUUAAGGAUGAAGCCCAGCGACAGCACCCAGUCGAGCAUAAGACUUCGUAGAGCGCCUUUUAACUCUCUAUGUCUCAGACUCACUCUUAACUUCGGUUUGUACUUUGUUUCUUAGAUAUUGGAGUAUACACCUACUCUUCAGCUCCUAAAUUCUUUCCCGGAAGAGGCGGUGAGUAACAAAUAUAUGGAAUUGUUAAGAGGUAUAAUUUAUCAGUCCGUAGAAGAUUGUACGCAACGCAUUUUGUUUUUAAAAUUUUGUGUCUGUUUAUCAUUCAAUUUUUCACAUCUUUGUAGAUAUUUUUUUAUUUUUCCUUCCGCUUUCUAUCUACCUUUAACCAAAUGUUUCGCAUUAAAAUUGAACCUAUGAAUUGAACUUAUUCGUUUAAACAGAGGAAUGCCAGCAUUGUGACCUUAACGCGCACUGUGUGGGAGGACAUUGUAUCUGCAAGCAUGGCUUUGUUGGAGACGGCUUGGAAUGCUGGGGUGAGAUAGGGGACAACUCGAGACAUAAGUUAUCCUCUAUUUUUCAUAAUAAAAAGAACACAAUUGCGAUUUAGACUACAGUUUCUAUCCCUUUUUCUCAUUAUCAAAGCGGUAAAUGAAAAAUUUCGAAUGAAAGAAUUAUUUAAACAGUAGUAGUUCUACAAGUACGGUAAUCGUUUCAUUGAGCCUCUGCAAGCGUCCGUUUGGCUACAUAACCACAGCGUUGUAAAUGCUUCCUUUACCUACCCCUGUGAAAACUAAUUUGUUCCAAAUGUCCAUUUACAAUCCCUAAUUCAGUCAGUUUGUCAAGCUGAAAGUUCUUCCGAUCACCGUGAGCUUUGUCAAAGGUUUUGUGGGCAAGUCCCUUUCCGCCAUGGAUGACACACCAUUGCGAAAUAUUUCCGUUUUUUCGUCUUGUCACGAGCGUGGGACAAAGAAAAUUUUCUGAGUCCACGGGAGCUCAAAGUUCACCAUCUUUCUUACUCCAUUUAAAAGCACCGUUGUUUUAAGUUGAAUGAGCCUUAAUUAUGAGUCAGCGUUAAAGACCAUUUCUUAAUACCUUGGUUGUUGUGUACCUUUCAGUGGAGACCCCACGGGACAAGGACUGGACCUGUCUGGCGUCUCCGUGCCAGAAUGGUGGAACAUGCAAACCAGGCAUAUCUAAAUGCGUGUGCCGGCUGGGAUACGUUGGGGACUACUGUGAAUGUGAGAUUCAUUGGCAUGCACUCGUACUGCAGACGCUCAUUUAUUUUUAAAAUGAGAAAAAAAAAUUAAAGUCUGUUCAGUUAUAGAUCACAGAUCACGUCAAAAUGUGCUAAAAACAAAAAAAAUUGGCAAAAUGAAGCGCGCCCGAGUUUGUCACCGAUGUUCUCCCUCCUUGUUUUGGUGUCUUCUGCGAUCAAUAACCAUACAGACUUAAGGCGGUAUGGAAUCUACUUUUUCUUUAAUAAAUAAAAAUAAAGAAUAAAGAAGCAAAAUUUGUUAAAUGGUGACGCCAUCUAUGCGUCUGUCCUCCAAUAGAUCAUAAGUAAGAAUUGGUCAAAAUGAACGUAUAAUUCGACUUAUUAAACAAUAAAGGAGAAGUACUUACAAAGAAACAAGGAUUAAUAAAAUUGCAUAAGAGUUGAAAAAUACUAUCAUCAAAAGACAAGCAAAUUUAUUCUAGGCAGUAUCCUUUGUUAGUAAUAUAAAUCUUCUCGGAAACUAAUUAUGGAGAGCUAGAUAGGUAUAUAUUUCCUUAUUCAAAUUUCUUCAUCUGAUGCUUAAGGAGUUUUUCAAACGAGGCAACUUUUUUUUUACUUCCAGCCCAUUGCCCACCCUCAGUCCAUCUGAGUUUUGACAAGUAUUCCCAGAGUGCGUUGUUAGAUGAUUCCGGAAGUGAAAACAGAGGUUUCCUCGCCAACGGGGCACAAAUCGUUCCACAUGGUGGGAAAUGUGGUAAUGCAGCAAACUUACUAGGUAAGUUAAGACGACUUGAAGAGUUUCUGAACUCUUUUAACCUUUUCUUUUACCAUCGUUGUUACCGUUUCCAUGUCACCCGGUGGAUUUAUGAUGUGGUACACAGACUACAGCUAAGAAUUACUCGAAGGAUUCUCACAACUCUUCUUGACAUUUUUUUAUGUCCAAGACGUGUUUUUAAAGCAGUGAUCGCUAAAAACGACGGUGAACUGUUUUAAUUUUACAAAAAAUACGCCUUAAAGUUACGGAGUCUAUUAUGUGUCUAACCAAGGAUUCCCGUCAUCCUGUCCAGUUCUGGAGCCAACCAAAUCAUAAUUUCCCUCGUCAACAGGCAGUUUAUGUUAAACUAACACUUGCUGCGAUGCCGUUUUUUUCGACAACGAUGAACAAUUUCCAUCAUGUUUUAUUUUUUAUCUUAUUAUCACAACAGGUGGAGAUGUUUUACUGGAUGGCGUACACUUUCAUCAAAUCCCCAGGGCAGGAAUUACCAUAUCAACUUGGGUUAAACUUGACACAAACAAAGGAAUACAAUCAAUAUUUGACACUGUUGGGAGCCAUUCUAGGCACAAAGAUGGUCAGUACCACUUUGAGAUUGAAAACGGAAAAGUGCGUUGGUUUCACAGAAACGAAAAUCAUGACACCAUAUUCAGUCUGCUGUCGCGGCCCGUAGUGAGAGAAGGAGUCUGGACACAAAUCACAGCGACUUACAGUGCAAAGAAACAGCGGGCAAGAGUGAGUAUUGUAAUAAAACUGAAGAAUGACAAGAAGUUAGCGCACUAACAAGUAAAAUUAUUUAUUUACUAUUUUAUUCAAAACAUACAUAACGCCCUUUAAACAUUAUUCAGACGCUUGCAAAUUUCUACAAUAACCAAUAGCUAUGAAGCUUAUGCUCAUAAUUUACACAGAUCAGAGACCCAAACUUCUCUCACUGCGAGAAAUUCUGAAUUCUCAUUGGCAGAAGCAGCAUAAUGAUGGCCGAGAAAGCACGAAUUACAUGCAUUUAAAGAUCUCCCUGUUCUGUUCCUAUCAUUUUCUGAUUUAAAAGUAAUUUUUCCCUAAUGCUUACUUCAAUUUUUUCAUAAUUCAUCGAGUUAAAGAAGUCGGCACCGUCGUUGAAUAUGAUGUCGUACCUUUUACUGCCUUGGCUGUCGUUCGUUACUCAAUUUUGGCGUUGUAAUUUAACAGCAAAUAAACGAGGUCGUGUUCUGAACGCAACAUUCUUAAUCCUGCAAUCACUCGCGUAGUAGCUUAAUUCCAUGAUCAUUCCGCAACCAUUGCGUUUGUUCAUUUUCUUUUACUAACCCUUCUUCUUCAAAACUAGGUUUUCUUUCUAAUUAUAACUACAUUCUACUUCAACUAAAAAAUCAGUGCUCUCACAUACAACAAUAUUAGAAACAUUUCCUCUAUGUAACAUUUAUCUCAAGUGAACGCUUCUCUUCAAGGUUUUUGUUAAUGGAGAUAUGGUUCAGGAGGAGAAAGGGCGAGGUUUUUUGUCUCAAGAUUGGGGAGGCAAGGCCGGAAUAGGUAUGUGUUCCUUGGAUACAAAAAUAAAUCAUGCUUUUUGAGCCGUUAGGUUUUCCUUGCUCUUUGAGAAUUAUCAUGGCUCUGAACAUAUUAUAGCUAAAAGUUUUAAAGUAAGCCCAAUUGUUUAUGUUUGCUCGUACUACCCACAGGUCGUCAUAAACAUCAAUUUGGAAAUCGCCUGUUACGAGGAAUGAUUGACGAGUUCUACAUUUUCCCCUGUGAGCUGCCACGCCUGGAAAUACUUGUGUUGAUGAGACACUGCCGCGUCUACUUCAGUAAGUUUCCGAGUCUGCUAAUCUAAUAAUAGUGAUGAUGAUAAUAAUAAUAAUAAUAAUAAUAAUAAUGAUGAUGAUGAUGAUAAUAAUAAUAACAUAUAGUAAAGAGACUUUAUUUACUUAAGGUAAACCUAUAAAGUUACAAACUGACAAGCUUGUGGCCCUUAAUGCUCAUGACCCCAACAGACACGUAGCAUACUAGUUGGCUAUAUGCAAAGCGCAGCCAAAAAUUUAAACUCGGGACAACCGAGAAAAAGUCUAUUGAGUAGUAAGGUAGAGGGCUUGAACUCAGGGCCACAAGAUGACAAGUCCAGCCUUCAUUCUCUGGAGUCGAUUGGAGACUUUACAGCCUAUUUAACACAGUUUUAUUUAUCUUUACCCAGCACAUAAACCAAAGAAAGUGACAGAGGAGUCAUCGACCACACGAGGCUCUACCGCAAUCAUGACACCGCCCGUAAAUGGGCUACGAAAGAAUGGACCAGCCGCUUUUUACAGGCCUCAGCCUCACAGUAUGAAUGCAAUAUCAUCAGCUUAUCAAAAAACACCUCCCAUGAAGGAUUACGUCGCCAAUAAUUUGCAGCAAAUACUGGCCAGUCUGAAUGUUGGUGUGCCUCCUCGUUAUGAUGUGCAGCUGCCAAUGCUCUAUAGACCACCUCAGGGGUAUUCGCUACCUCCACAACAGAAAAAACCACAAACAUUUUACAAACCUGCAUAUAACACGAAAAUAAAGCCAGCAGUAGGUAGCUCACUGCCAGUGCCUCAUCUCUUUUCUGGUAAUAUGUGGAACAACCAUCCGCCUGGUGUAACUACUCCAUAUGCAACACAAGCUUCAAUAAGGCACGAUACUCCAGUUACUGCCCAGAGGGUAAAUAACAACCAUCAGCCAUCAUUUUCAUCGCAAGCUUUGUUUAAUAAGCAACAAGUGAAUAUAAAUUCACUUCCGAGUGUGAUAGAAAUGAAUACACCAGGAAGCCAACGGGCUCCUUAUGUGCAAAAUGGCGCCGGAAAGCCUCAAAGAUUACAUACUCUUAAUGUUCAAGAUGGACUUAAUGGGCAAUAUGCAAAACAAGACUCUAAGAUAACACAGCCCAACAUGUCUUUGAAUAGGAUGAAUACUGAUGCACAAUUCCAGAAACCAAUUAUAUGGCACAUUCCCUUGGGAGGUACGAGGCAAGGACUACCAGGAGGAUUUCAAGAGCAGUACGCUAAACAAGAAUCAAUAACAACUCAGCCGAACAUGUCUCCCAAUAAGGUGAAUAAUCAUGCACAAUUCCAGAAACCAAUCGUAUGGCACAUUCCCGUAGGUGGCAUUAGGCAAGGACUUCCUGGAGGUCAAAAGCCCUUUUAUCCUGCUCUUUCGACAGGUCAACGACUGUUAGGACAAUCAAGGCCGAUAAGCAUCGGUCAGGGUAUGCCCUUGCAGAACAAGACAGUAGGCAUUCAAAAUCCUUCCGGUGGAUCGAUACGAAAUUCUGCGUUAAGCCAGCAAAGGCAGAAAGUAAACUUCAUGCCUCCCCUUCGGGUUCCGAGUAACGUGAAAACUCAGUUUGGGGGAGUUAAGGCCCAGCUAGCAACAGCUCCCAGUCAACAACAAUCACUUGCAUAUAAGAUGGCCAUGCUUGAACAACCCAAUCAUGUCUUGACGAGCAACACUUUGACGACCAUACCAUGGCCAAGAAAGAUGGUCCCACCAAUUAAAAAACAAUUGCCUUCUGGUCACCCGUACUAUACCAGCUAUUAUCCAAAGGCGCCAUAUUCUUCAAAACUACAGCAAAGACUCCUUAUGCCUGCCUUAAGGACGCAGUCAAGUUUAAAGGGUCCGCUUUCAUCAACUACACGGAAGGGUGCCACAGGGAUUGCACAGCCUAAAAUUUCUCCAUUCAGGCCACAUUUGAUUUAUGGGCAAGCGUCUUGGCCCUGGGUUGUUUGGAGAAGUCGUGUCUCGCCCAUGGCGCAAGCUUCAAGUCGGUCUUUCUCCCCCUUACGUCCUCAAGCUCAUGGUAACAAACCUCCGGCUUAUGCUCCAAAAGUUGGUCUUUCACCCAGUCUGCAAUCUUCUCCAUACACAGUGUCACCCCAGGUAUUGCUCUACUAUUAUUUUUAUCCUAAGACAAUUAGCAAGGCGCUAACAAAAGUAGCAAACAUCAAAGGAGAAGAAGGGAAUACAAACUUCUUACAAUCGUUGACGAAACAGAUUUCCAGUGCUGCCUUUAACAACAAACCGGGGGAAGUUACGACAUAUACAAAUCCCACAAUGACAGGAAAAACCGGAGGGAGGAUUUCAACAGAACAAACCAACAUGGUCACCCAGGUUAAUCCAAAACAACUCUCACAGACCCUUUAUACUCCAUAUUACCGACUUCUAACAAGCUUAUUGAAGACACCAGCGGCCCCUUUAACUACAAAUGCAUAUGGAAGGCAACAGGUACAAGCUCCUCUUUCACUUCCUCAACCAAGGCAAAAUAAAGGAGGGCCGAGCUCUCUUCCACUCAUGACAUCACUAAACUCGAUUUCACAGGCACAAAAGACGGUUUACCCACAAGUUUCUGCUUUGGGAAGCAGAAAGUCACAACUAGCAAACGGACUUUCCAACCGACCUAUCUACAUAGAGACUGUACCGUACCAACUAUACUACCAGCUUCAAAGACUACCUUCUCUUAACACACAGUCUAGCACACAGCAAUAUUUACAAAGGGUAUUAAAUGAUAUUCUCAGGUUAAGAUAUGGUAAGCGUAAAAAGAAAAAGAAAAAACGUGGUGCAAAAGAGAAAACUACGCUGCACCAAAGUAAAAACAGCAUAAAAGGUGUGAAAGGAACGUAA